GCGCGGUUUCUGGAGCGGAUUGGAACCCGGAGUCAGGAUUCUGUAAAUGUGUAGUUGUUGGAUAGCAGAUUGUCAUAAUGACGGAGCAAACACCAGAUGAGUUUAUCUGGUGUGAGGACUGUGGGCAGUAUCAUGACUCUGAGUGUCCAGAGCUGGGACCAGUAGUGACUGUACAGGACUCAUUCGUUCUCAGCAGAGCUCGGUCUUCUCUGCCGGAAAAUCUGGAGAUCAGACAGGUGCCAGAUGGAAAGGAGGGAGUGUUUGUCCUCCGACGGUUGGUCAAUAGGACCAGGUUUGGACCGUUUGAGGCUAAGAGGGUGUCCCACCUGGACAAAGAAGGCCUGUUUCCUCUGAAGAUCUUCCAGAGAGAUAACCAGGUAGUCUGUUUUGAUGCAGCCAAUGAGGAUGACUGUAACUGGAUGAUGCUGGUUCGGCCCGCCACUGACCAUCAGCACCAGAACAUGACUGCUUACCAGCACGACGAUGAGGUCUACUUCAACACCUCACAGGAUGUCCUGCCAGGGUCUGAGCUGAGGGUUUGGUAUGGGGCCUUCUAUGCCAAGAAGAUGGAGAGGCCCAUGCUGAAAGCCCCAGUCCCUCCACCUCCAGCAGUUGUGCAUACUGCCUGUACCAAGCCAGAGGGGACUUUGGGUAAAGCUGGACCAUCACUGCCCCUUGUGGUGGGAGAGAAGGAUGCAGAUCACCUGCUAAGCCACCUCCAGGAACUGAAGGCUGUAGCCCUGCCCCCUGACAACCAGCCUCAGCAGCUGGAGGAAGCAGAACUAGUAACCCCUGACAACCAGCCUCAGCAGCUGGAGGAAGCAGAACUAGUAACCCCUGACGACUGCCUCAGUGCUGAGCCCAUCCCUGCUCCUCCCCCUCUGCCAUCUCUUAAGAGAAGUACGGGGAAGAGGGCCAAAGGAGGACGGAAACCUAGUGCUGCAACUAUAGCGGCACAGAAGAAAAUUGCAGCGUCAUUAGAGCCAGUAGAAAAAGCCCUCAACACGGGCCCUACAGACGGAGGAGAGGCCAUGCCGGAUGACAAUGACCUGGAGAUUGGCCCUGAUGAGGUGGCUGUCACCAUGCCCAGGCUUACCCGCACCCUCCUCUCCGCUGGGAAGCCUGAGUCGAGGAAGAGGUUCCUGAGGCAGGGAGUAGACCAUAAGAGGGUUUACAAGUGCACCCUCUGCAACAAGGUCUUUCAGAACAGCAGCAACCUCAACAGACACAUCCGCUCCCACGGUGAUAAGCUGUUUAAAUGUGAUGACUGUGACAAGAUGUUCAGCCGCAAGGAGAGCUUGAAACAGCACAUCUCAUACAAGCACAGCAAAAACGAGCUCGACGUAGAGUACAGGUACAAAUGUAACACAUGCGACAAAGCCUUCCGUGUGGAGAAUGCAUUGAAGUUCCACAACUGUAGGACAGAUGACAAGACAUUCCAGUGUGAGAUCUGCUCGAGGUUCUUCUCCACCAACAGUAACCUCUCUAAGCACAAGAAGAAGCAUAGAGAGAAGCUUUACACCUGUGAGAUCUGCAGCAAGAUGUUCUACCGCAAGGACGUUAUGCAGGACCACCAGAGGAGACAUACUGCGGCAAACCCAAAAGACCUGAAGAGUGAGGAGCUGGAGGCCAAUGGGGAGGAAGGGAGCAAAUACAGGAAGGAGCCUUCAGAGUGUCCUAUCUGUGGCAAGGUGUUUUCCUGCAGGAGCAACAUGAACAAGCAUCUGCUGACUCACGGGGAUAAGAAGUACACCUGUGAGAUCUGCGGACGCAAGUUCUUCAGAGUGGACGUCCUGAGGGACCAUAUUCACGUGCACUUUAAGGACAUAGCCCUGAUGGACGAGCAGGAGAGGGAGGAGUUCACCAGGAAGAUUGGCAUCUCAGUGGACAGCAGUGACAACACUGAUGAUGAGGAUGAAGACGAUGACCAAGAGACCCACAAAUACAGCUGCAAGAAGUGUCAGGUGACGUUCUUCAAGGGCAGAGACUACCUGAAGCACAUCAUGGACUUCCACAAAGAGAGGGGUUAUGGCUGCAUCAUCUGUAACCGGCGCUUUGCUCUAAAAGCCACAUACCAUGCCCACCUGGUCAUCCACAGAGAACAGCUCCCAGACCCUGCAGUGCAGAGGUACAUCCAUCCCUGUGAAAUGUGUGGCCGAAUCUUCAACAGCAUCGGCAACUUGGAGAGACACAAGGUCAUCCACACAGGGGUGAAGAGCCACGGUUGUGACCAGUGUGGGAGGUCAUUUGCCAGGAAGGACAUGCUAAAGGAACACCUGAGGGUCCAUGACAACAUCAGAGACUUCCUCUGUGCCGAGUGUGGGAAAGGGAUGAAGACCAAGCAUGCGCUGAGGCACCAUAUGAAGCUGCAUAAGGGCAUCAAAGAGUACGAGUGUAAGGAGUGCAAACGUAAGUUUGCCCAGAAGGUCAACAUGCUGAAACACUACAAGAGACACACAGGAAUAAAGGACUUCAUGUGUGAGUUGUGUGGGAAGACCUUCAGUGAGAGGAAUACCAUGGAGACACACAAGCUCAUUCACACAGUGGGGAAGACGUGGUCAUGUGCAGUGUGUGAUAAGAAGUAUGUGACAGAAUACAUGCUCCAGAAGCAUGUGCAGCUGACCCAUGAGAAGGUGGAGGCCCAUAGCUGUCACCUGUGUGGCACCAAGGUGUCCACCCGAGCCUCCAUGAACCGCCACAUGAGGCGCAAACACCCCGAGGUGGUCACUGUAAGAAUAGAUGAGUUUGACGAGCUCCAAGAAGACUCAAACAUCGAUGAGUCAAGCAUCUGCAUUGUGCAGCCCAGUCUAACCCCAGAGAAGGAGGCACUUUCUGGGGAGAGGCCCCAGCGGACCCCCCGGCUGCCCAGGAAGAAGCAGAAACAGCUGGAGGAGCUGGAGCUGCCAGACUCUGACGAGUACGCUGACUUCACAGGCAAUGGAGUAGAGUACACCACCACCAUAGUGGGAGAUGAGACCAGCUCUGCUGUGCAGAGUAUCCAACAGGUGGUGGUGCAAGCCAACCCCAACACGUCCUCAGCCUCCUCCACCAGCAUCACAGUGACCCCCAUCACCUCCCAUGCCCCUUCCCAGUUCACCAGCCUGCAGCCCGUAUCCCUGGGCCACCUGAUGGCUAGUGACCACCGGCCCCUCACCCUAGACAGCUCCAUCCUCACUGUCACCUUUGACGCAGUCACUGGCUCCGCAAUGCUCCACAACCGGCCCACCGAGCUCACAGCCGAGACGGUGGAGCCAGGUGGUGACGGAACUGGGCCACAGUCGGUCGCCCACUUCAUCAACCUGACCACCUUCGUCAACCCAAUCCAGGGCCAACUCCUGGAGGCCCCCACCUUGGCCUGGAGGCCCGUCACGCAGGCGGAGGGGUUCCGGGUCACCCCUGUGGUGGAGGGGGCUCCAGGUGAUGCCCAGGACUCUGAGACCCAAACCCCAGAGCAGGCUAGACAAGCCCAGGCAGUGCAGCAGGCCAACACAACACAACAUAUGUUCAGCUGCUAGACUGGAGAAGGGAGAUGCUGGUCACCUCACAGUCCUGGUGAAGGAUAGUGGAUAGUCUACACACAUGGAAUACCGAUUCCUAUUAUGAAGGCCUAUGUGGACUAGAGACCUUGAAUGCUGUCUCCAAAAUGCCUAUGUUACAUUCUCCCCAAAAUACAUCCCUGGAACAAGAGAACAUUGAUGGAGGAUGAUUGCAUUUACAAGAACCAAGAGCCACUUUGUCUUACGUCAACAUUAGUUGUUCCUUUCUUUUAUUGUAAAAAAAAAAGAAAAACACAGAGGAAGCUGUUUACAGAGAUGGAUGUAUAGUUAAAAGGAUUUUGCUGCAUUGUUUCUUUGGUCAAAACUGCACAGGUUGACUUAUCAACAUAAACAAAAGUAAGCUAUUGAAUAUUUUGUAAAUUUGAAACAUGCAUGUCUAACAAUAUUAACAUACUAUAUAUACAAAAGUAUGUGGACACCCCUUCAAAUUGGUGGAUUCAGCUAUUUCAGUCACACCCUUUGCUGACAGGUGUAUCAAAUUGAGCACACAGCCAUGCAAUCUCCAUAGCCUAACAUUGACAGUAGAAUGGCUUCACUAAAGAGCUCAGUGACUUUCAAAGUGGCACCGUCAUAGGAUGCCACCAAAUUUUGCCCUGCCAGAGCUUCACUGGUCAACUGUAAGUGCUGUUAUUGUGAAGUGGAAACAUCUAGGAGCAACAACAGCUCAGCUGGGAAGUGGUAGGCCACACAAACUCCCAGAACGUAACCGUCGAGUGCUUAAGCGCAGAGCACAUAAAAAUCGUCCUUUCUCGGUUGCAACACUCACUAAUGAGUUCCAAACUGCCUCUGGAAGCUACGUCAGCACAAGAACUGUUCUUCAGGAGCUUAAUGAAAUGGGUUUCUAUGGCCAAGCAGCCGCACCACGCCUAAGAUCACCAUGCACAAUACCAAGCAUCGGCUGGAGUGGUGUAAAGCUCGCCGCAAUUGGACUCUCAAGUAGUGGAAAUUCAUUCCCUGGAGUGAUGAAUCACGCUUCACCAUAUGCCAGUCCAUGGACAAAUCUGGGUUUGGCAGAUGCCAGGAGAGGCUACCUGCCGUGCCAAGUGUAAAGUUUGGUGGAGGAGGAAUAAUGGUGUGGGGCUGUUUUUCAUGGAUCGGGCUAGGCCCCUUAGUUCCAGUGAAGGGAAAUCUUAACGCGACAGUAUACAAUGACAUUCUAGACGAUUCUG